AUGUACAACUUGUCGCUUAAGUUUUUCAACCUGCCUCUGAGGGUAUUUUGGUGGGGCUGGCAGCCCCUCUGCACCCAGCACCCGCACAUGGCCUGGCAGCAGCGGCCCAGCCCUCGUUCGGCGACGCCGCCAACCACGGCCCAGUGGUCGCAGACGCCUCGCAGCGCGCGCAGGCGCCACCCAGCCGGGGCCUUGCGCGGCGGCGUGGAGCUGCCAGGCCUGCCCCGCGGACAGGGCGGCGCAGCGGGCACUGCCGCCGUCGCCGCGCGCGUCGCCUGUUUGCGCCGGUGCUGCAAGGCGGGAGGCCCCGCGCCGGCGCGCCUGGCUGCGCGCCGAGCACGCCCCGCCAGCCGCGGCUCCGGCGCGGUGGUCUGCGGGCCCGAGGCGCCACGGCUGCGCUAA